GGGGGAGAAAGCAGUCGUCCGCACUGGUACCGAUCCAUCCAUUUCAAUGAGUUUCGGCUGGAGUCACACUGCAGAAGAUUGUGCUGUUAUCAUCGCUGGAGUUUAUGAAAAGUUGUGUAAAUGACCUCUGGUGACUUUGCUUUGUGCUGCUGCUUAAGAGUAGCCUCCAGACUCCGCAAGAUGUCAAAUAACCCAUGUGCCAGGUAACAUUCCAGGUAUUCCUUGCCUAUUCACUGGCAUUGGUCUUGCAGAGUGAUUCUGUGCAAGAAGAGAGACCAGCCAUCAUGACCGUGGCUGUGCCAAGGAAAGGGUUAAGUGCCUCUCCUCCUGAUGGCGGCUGGGGUUGGAUGAUUGUGAUUGGCUGCUUCCUCGUCACGAUCUGCACUAGAGCUGUAACAAGGUGCAUUUCAAUAUUUUUUGUGGAGUUCCAGACUUACUUUGCUCAAGAUUAUGCCCGAACAGCUUGGAUCCAUUCCAUAGUAGACUGUGCUACAAUGCUUUGUGCACCACUUGGGAGUUUUAUCAGUAAUCAUGUCUCCUGUCAAGUGGGAAUCAUACUGGGAGGAUUGCUUGCAUCUGCUGGACUGAUACUGAGUUCCUUUGCCUCAACCCUGGAGCAUCUUUAUGUUUCCUUAGGAGUACUUACAGGACUGGGAUUUGCUCUUUGUUAUUCACCAGCCAUAGCAAUGGUGGGGAAGUAUUUCAGCAAGAGGAAAGCGCUUGCUUAUGGAAUUGCAAUGUCAGGCAGUGGAAUUGGUACAUUCAUCCUGGCGCCUGUGGUCCAGCUUCUAAUUGAACAGUUUUCCUGGCGUGGAGCCUUACUUAUCCUGGGAGGUUUUGUUUUAAACCUCUGUGUCUGCGGUGCCCUUAUGCGACCAAUUGCAAUAAAAGAGGACCACAAGAACAUCCCCGAAUUCUCAGAGCAGGAGUUUGGGCCCGGAGCACAAAAGCGAGACUUAAAACAGUGGUCCGUCUGUUCACCUCUGAUCAAAGUGUGGUCUCACAAAUGUAUUUGCCAGUGCUCAUGGCAGGAAUACAACUUCUUAUUGAUGCCAGAUUUUGUGGUGCUUGCCAUAUCUGUCUUAUUUAUGGCAUACGGCUGCAGCCCGCUCUUUGUUUACCUGGUGCCUUAUGCGUUAAGGGUCGGAGUGAGUCAUCAGCAGGCGGCUUUAUUGAUGUCCAUUCUUGGGAUCGUCGAUAUCAUUGGCAACAUCACGUUUGGAUGGCUCACAGACAGGAGGUGCUUGAAGAAAUAUCGUUACAUCUGCUACCUCUUUGCUGUGGGAAUGGAUGGGCUGUGCUGUCUUUUCCUUCCAGUUCUCCAAAGCUUUCCACUCCUUGUGCCUUUCUCAUUCACCUUUGGAUAUUUCGAUGGAGCCUAUGUAACGCUAAUUCCUGUGGUGACAGCAGAUGUUGUGGGAACUGCUUCCUUAUCAUCUGCCCUUGGAGUAGUAUACUUUCUCCAUGCAAUUCCAUACCUAGUUAGCCCCCCUGUUGCAGGCUGGCUUGUGGAUACAACUGGCAACUACACUGCAUCAUUUGCUGUGUGUGGAUUUUCCAUGAUAUUCAGUUCGAUGUUGCUGUGCUGUGCAAGGCUAGCCAAGAAAGUCAAACGGACACAUUCGAGGUCAGCCAGUAGACGGACACAAAUCUGGACAAAUGGAGCCAUCGCUUAUUCUGUGACUGGGGAAUUAAAUCAAAAAGGUGUGGAGCUGUUGGCUAGGGAAGUGAAAAGCCAUAGUAAAAGAUGACAUUGUGUUUAAGAGGUCCCACCCUUUGUGUACAAAUAAUAUUUUGUUAAGAUUAAUUUUGAUAACUAUCCCAUUUUUCAUGCUGCUCAAUAGAAAGAAGGUGGGAGGGACUGUAAGCAAAUGGCCUUUUUGUAAUGAAGUUUGAAGAGAAGGAAAAGGAGAUCUCUUCUAGAAUAUGGAGAAUAUUCUUAUUCAAUAAAUCUAGUCCAAGGGGUGAGAGAACAAAUGUAAUUUUCAUCAGAAAUGACCCAUGUGCACUGGGGCCAGACUUAAGAGGAGGGGUGGAAGGAGUAAUUGCCCCAGGCACAGAUCAAGAGGGGGCAGAUGCAGCCAGGUGAGAAGCUGUGGCUGCCUACCAGACUGCUGCAAAUGCAGGGUUGGAUCUGGGGGAGGGAGUGGUUCUCGGCCUUGUGCCAGCAAUGGAGUAGGACACAAACCACUAGGAGGGGAGUACAGUAAUUCCGCACCUGCUGCCUCAGGGCACACAAAAUGCAUGAGCUGCACAGAUGACUCUGUUCCAUCCUCCCACCUGACAAAGAAGAGAAAUGGAGCUCCAAAACCCCACUCCCAUUCACCAGAGCUGCCCCUGCCCAAUUGAAGGGUGACUCCUACCCCCAGGUUUAGUAGGCAUUGCUGGGUCACAGUCAUUGCCUCAGCCUUUCCUGGCUGUGGCUCCUUUGGUGAAAGGAACACAGGAGGAAAGAAGAAUCAAAUUGGACCAUCCAGGGGAGGGGGAGCAAGCCCCACGUGAGUUGCCAUUGUACAUAGGGGACAAAAAGGAAGUUUCCCAUUGGAAUUUUUGCUUUGGAACUCUCCUCCCCCCCUUCAGGUGAUACUUGGACUAUUGGUGGUGGGGUGGUGGUGAGGAGGAUUGCGAAGUCAGCCUGAAUCUGUCCUAGCCUCUGUGAGGUCUUUCCCUGUAAAGGCUUCUAUCAAGUAGGCUUUCUGGAGCCAGGGAGGGGCUCCAGCCCAGGAGCACUCCUCUGGACUGGGAUCAGCCUCAUGGCCCUUUCCAGGCAGGGAGGUUUUUCCUGAGGGAUGUACUAAAAAGAAUGACAGACUUGAAGGCCCAUUUGAGAUAGCAGAGCCAGGAAUGCCAAUUGAGUUGCAUGGCUCUAUACAUUACAGAACAAAACAAAAAGUUGCAACUAAAAUGCAGAAAGCUUUUUCAGUAAAGGUCUCUGGGCGCAGAUAUAUGACUCUGGAAAUGGAAUGACUGUUCCCAGAGUGGAGUGAUGAUCCCUAGGAAAAGAACUUGUGCUCUAUGAUUGGAAUGACAAGUCACAAAGUGGAACGACAGUCCGUAUCAAUGGAAUUGGUGCUCUGGGACUGAAAUCAGCAGAGUAGAAUGACAGGCGCUGGGAGUAGCAGAAGCAUUCUGGAUCUGGGAUGACAGGUAUAAUAAACUUCUUUCCAUAACUAAGAUUUUUUAAAAAAUCAACUGGGUUUUUGACAGCUUGCCAGUUGAGAUGGGGCAUGGAAAAUUCAUUAAAAAAAAAGACCUUAAACCCAUUUUAUGGAAAGUCACUCUCAGCCUCAAACACCUAGAUGUUAUGAAUGAGGCUAAAAUGAAAUAAUGCCUCUUUAUGCAGACCAGGGUUUUAGGGGAGGAAAGAUAGGAAGAAAAUACGACAAAUAAAGGUAGCUCCCUAAAAAUGUUGGAUACAUGUUGCGACAUACCCUCUGCCCACAAGUGCCCUGAGAUUUUUUGCUCCAAAAUUACAAGUGCCUGUCUCUUCAGCCUCUGAGCAACCUUUACUGUUAGCUUCUAUAGAAGCAUAGUGUGUGAGCCAGUGGCAAAGCUCCAAUGGGGCGGGGGGAGCAGUUCGCCCCUAGCAUGCACCAUUGCCAUUACAUGGGAGAGCAAAUCGCCUUCCAGACCCCACUCCCGCAGGGCGUGGGCAGAUCGGGGUGGGGUGUGAGCAGAUUCGGGGGGGCGCACACAGGCAGGUCAUGCCCUGGGUGCAGUUCCCUCUCCCUCUGUCCCUGGUGUGAGCAUUGUAUUUUGUGAUAAUUUCACUGUUUCCGCCUUGUACUAGAUAUAUUCAGCUCAGAUUUCCAGGCACUUCCUAGUAAGCCAGAGAGUGUCACUUGUUUAAAAAACUACCUUUCCUAGUCAGAAACAAUCAGACGCCAGAGACUUUUUAAAAGUUAAAAACAGAUGAACUAGAUUGAAAUUUAUUUUUAAAACAGCAAAGAAAUAAUGUAAUAUAAAAUAAAGCAGGUAAGCUGAUGAGGCACUAUAUACAAGCAAGAUGACAUUGGUAGCUUAUUACACUGUUUCAGAUUAGUUCAGUUGUACUGAAGAUGUUUGCUUUCUUAGUUGUUUAAGCUACAUCAGUCAGAUUUAAAUACUUCACAGAUGUCAUUACAAUUCACUGUUCUCUUUUUCUCUUUCUUUGGAGAACUCUAUUUACCCUCAGGUUACAGCUAGCUUUGCAGGAUUUCUCCACACUUCCUAGGACAGACUGAGCCUCAGAUAUGUCCUGUCACACUAAGGUUUUCUAGUAGGAUUUCUCUUGUUGGUGUCUCCAUGGAAUAAAUCCUCUCUUGUCUCUGUGAAAUACCACUGUCCCCAAUUAUCUUACUUUGCUUAUUCUCCUUUAGUGGAUUUCCCCCAGAGAUUACUGCGUAACUAGUGUGAGUUUAGUGUAUCACUGCUAUGUUGUUGGAAAGUCAGAACAGACCUCUCUUGUCUGCCUGUCUUUCCCCUCCAAAAGAGUAAGCUUUACAUGAAGAGAAAGGAGCAAUUUUAUUCUUCAACCAUUCCUUAACUCACUGUGCCUCAGAAUCUUCCUCAAACCAGAAAGGUCCUCUGUUAUCCAUAUGACUUGGUCUCCCUAUGGUGGGCCUGAGGGCUGCUGUGAAUGAACUUCUCUAAAUCCUUGAUCUCACUGAAGGUAGCAAUCUGAUCCUCCAAGCUCUGAACCUUCUUCUCUAUGAGCCCUAUCAGCUGACAUUUUUGACAAGUGUCAAAAGUGUAAUUAUUAAUAGAUAGAUAAGAGAAUGUAAAACUAUAAAUAUUCAUUAACAAUUCAUAGAGAUCAACACAAUUUAUUCUACCAUGUAAAAGAGUUAUGUGUAUUACAUAUGUUUAUAUGUAGGUAUAAAGGAAAAAAUCUGUAUAUAAUAUAUGGUGGGCUUCAUUUUGUAAUCCCCCCCCCCUUUCAAAAAAUAUGUAGAGCCAGCUUUGAUAUGUACAAAGAAGAAAAAUUGAACAAUCAAGUUGAAGAUGACCUUGGAAGAAGAAUGCAAAUAUAGCCAGUUGUCACAAAUGUUCCACCCAAGCUUCUCUUAUUUGGGAUAGUUAUUAAAACAGUUUUAUUUUA